GGGAGCGAGGGCAGCUGAGGAAUGGAUCUGAGUUCAGGAAUUCAGAAGAUGUCUAUUAGCCAGCAACAAUCAGGAAGAGGUGUACCUUGCUUGAGAUGCAGGGGGAUGUGCGCAGGCUUUGAGCCACAUUCUUGGAGGAAAAUAUGCAAGUCAUGCAAAUGCAGCCCGGAAGAUCACAGUCUCAGCUCGGAUGCAGAAGACGAUCGGAAAAUUGGCCGCUUGCUCUCAGAUUCAAAAUAUUCCUCACUAACAGCUCGGGUGAAAGGAGGUGAUGGUGUUCGCAUCUAUAAAAGGAACCGCAUGAUUAUCACUAAUCCUAUAGUGUCCCGGAAAGAUCCGACUUUUGAUACUGUUACAUAUGAAUGGGCUCCCCCUGGACUCACUCAGAAACUGGCUACCCAGUACAUGGAACUAAUUUCAAAAGAAAUGCAGCCAGUGGCUGGGACAGAAGGAGCUUAUUAUCGGCGCAGGAGGAUGAUGAGACAGCUUCCUAUUUAUGACCAGGACCCUUCCCACUGUCGUGGCCUUUCUGAGAAUGAGGUAAAGCUGAUGGAAGACUUUGUGAAGCAAUAUAAAAGUGAGGCCCUUGGAGUUGGAGAAGUUGCUCUGCUGGGCCAAGGAGGCACCACCAAAGAGGAAGGGAAACAGCAUGAUAAAAACAUCCCUGCAAACAAGGAAGCCGUUUCGACCAAUGGAAUGCUGGCGAAUGCUGCCAAGGGACCGGAAUAUUUUUGUGACCUCUGCAAGCAUCUGCUGCCCAUGGAAUGGCCUGUGGUCUAUGCAGACAGAGCAGGCUAUGAUCACCAGUGGCAUCCUGCAUGCUUUGUGUGCUCCAAGUGCUCUGAACCUCUCGUGGAUCUGAUCUACUUCUGGAACAAUGGAGCCAUUUGGUGCGGGCGCCAUUACUGUGAGAACAUCCGGCCACGCUGUGCAGCCUGUGAUGAGAUCAUAUUUUCUGAGGACUACCAGCAAGCCGAAGGCUUCGCCUGGCAUAAGAAACACUUUACCUGCUUGGGGUGUGAGACAUUGCUCUCUGGCAAACCCUUCGUCCUGGAUGGGGCCAACCUGCUGUGUACGACUUGCAGCAAAAACAAACAACUGUAAACAGCGUGUG